CUCCGUCAAAAAGUUUGGAAUUCGACGCACUCAUUACACAAAACGGCGGGCACCUGCGCAGUGUAUUUGAUCAUUAGCUGACCCCUUCGUUCGUCACUAAGCUAAGCAUCAUGAGGGAGAGUCUGCCGGCCACGCGCUUGACCAUGUCGCUCAUGAACCAGGCGGACCCGAACGGCCGCGAUCUGCGGCUCUGGCUUCUCUCGGCCGCGACGCACCAAGGCGUAACAUACUACCGCAUCGCGGGGCGCUUCACCUCGACCGGCCAGACGUGGGAGGUGAGCCACCGCUACUCGGAGUUCCUCAAGCUACGCGACCAGCUGGUCAAGUUCUUGUCCUCGUCCACAGACAAGUGUCCGGGCUGCCGCAACUAUCUGCACUCGAUCCAGCGCUUCGAUUUUCCAAAGAAGCACCUCUUCGCGUCGAGGGCGCCGCCUGUUGUCAACUAUCGCGUUAAAGCACUACGCUCCUUCAUUAACCUACUGGCGUCCUGGGCCUUCUCCAAGACGCCCAAGUGCCCCACAUGUGGAGGCUACGCCUUCGAGGUUGUGCGCAACUUUGUGUUGGAAGGCGACGACCUGUCGGCUGGCGCAGACAUGAACUCUAUCCGGGAGUCUAUGGCCGUGGAAGCCUUUGCUGAACAAAAUCUGGCAAGCACAAGAGGCCAGACACAUAUGCGGAAGAAUAGCUGGAUGAAACCCAGCUCGCCCAUGGAUCCGGAUAUGACUCAAAGUAUGUAUAUCCCUCGCAAUAGCAGACAGCAAGCCAGUCUUGGCCCGCCGACAGAGGCACCGUCGCAGCCUCAGCAGUCGAACUCGAGGUCAACGUACCAACAGCCGAGACCAACGUAUCCGUCCACUGAGCGACGAUACCAACAGCAACGCAGUCGCCAGGACGUCGAUCCGUACGACGCCUUUAACGACUAUUUGCCGGAGAAACAGUCGAAGGUGAAGAAGGCGACGCAGUCGAACAUGGAGCAAAAGAUCCAGAGCGGCAAGUUCUCGUCCAUGCCAUUGCAGGAGUCGAUCGAAGAGAGAAAGCAACGUCAUCUUCGGGAACAAGAAGAGGCGAACUCGUAUCAGCAGAAGCUGUCGAAACACCGCAGCGAGCCUCGCAAUCUGUCGGCGCGUCGACCGCUGGCAGAGAGCGAGCUGUCUGUGGGCACCAGUGCCUUUGAGAGCCCCCACUCGAACAAGAGAGUGGCAAGUCGAAAUGAGAGCUUCAUUUCGGACGUGAGUAUGGCAGCCGAACCCAUCUUUAUCCACGGAGACGAGCUGCAGCGCUACGGCCUCUCGGAUGACGAGCGUAAGGCCAGAAGCGCAGCCAGCAGUGUAUACUCUGGCGACGACGAGAUCGAGCUCACGGGCGUGGCUAUGGCGUCUCCUCCGCGAGCGAACAAGAAGAGUAGCAACGACAACUUGUGGCAGCCGUGGGAGUUGGCGAGAGUGGCCUAAGAGCGUCUACCUUUGACAGUCCAGUCACCUGGCACGAGAAGUUUAUAUGCCAGGUACAUUUUAUUCAUUCGUCUUCGCUUCCCAGCGACAUCUCAUCGGUGCAUUUCGAAGCAGCCGGUAAGACAAUACUACAAACAGGGUAAAGAGCGCUGCGACCGACGUGAGUCCAACGUUAGUGGCGCCUACAAAUCAAUUAACCAAUCAGUCUUUCGUUGUUCCAA